CUCAUUCAGUUUGUCACGAUUCCAAAACACUUCCUUUUCUCCGAAAUGGAGCCGAAACACGUGAGAUCGACGGCCGAAAAGACUAGCCUCCACCGUUUCGUCAUCGAGGCCGACGAGGCGGCCGCCAUCGCCCGGGAAUGGGGCGUCUCCACUGUGGCAGAGCUCCUCCCUUUGCUGGUUCCUGCGGCCCAGCGGCUGGCCCGGCCGCCCAUCUCCAAUUAUCGUGUGGGGGCUGUCGGAUUGGGAUCGAGCGGACGGAUCUACCUCGGCGUGAACCUGGAGUUCCCGGGCCUUCCGCUCCACCAUUCCGUCCACGCUGAGCAGUUCCUGGUGGCUAACGCGGCCUCAUGCGGCGAGGCCGCCAUCCGCUUCAUCGCCGUCUCCGCCGCCCCAUGCGGCCACUGCCGCCAAUUCCUACAGGAGAUCCGCGGCGCGUCGGAGAUCCAUAUCCUCGUCACCUCCGACGCUGACGCCGCAGCUUUCCGCCCGCUUUCCCAUUUCCUACCCUGCCCCUUCGGUCCCCUCGACCUCCUCCACAAGGAUUUCCCCCUCCUCCUCGAGCCGCACGACAACCACACCCGACUCCUCCACCCGUUGGCUUCCAGGGAAGCGUCCAAAGGGGUCGGGAGAUCGGUGGAGGACCGACUGAGGGAGGCCGCGGAGGGGGCGGCGAGGGCCUCCCACGCGCCGUACAGCCGGUGCCUCUCCGGGUUCGCCGUGGCGGACGGCGAGGGGAAGGUGUACGCCGGGUCGUACGCGGAGUCCGCGGCGUACAACCCGAGUCUAGGGCCAGUGCAGGCGGCAAUCGUUGCAUACGUGGCGGCGAGGGGAGGCACGGGGGAGGAAGGGUGGGAUAUCGUGGCGGCGGCGCUGGUGGAGAAUGAGGCGGCGGCGGUGGCGCACGAAGGGACGGCGAGGGUCUUUCUGGCUGCGGUGGCGCCUCGAGCCCAUCUCAGAGUGUACCGUCUCCGGUCUUGAUGAACGAUGGUGAUCAAAUCGGACGAUCAGAUUUCGCGAUCAAAUUGAGCAGCAUUUGCAUUCUUCUUCUCUGCUGGUUUUCACCACAAAGGUAUUUAUCCACCACAGCUGUAUAGAAUCGUAUAUACGGCUAAGAAAUAACUGCUCAUUAACUUAGGCCGAAAAUACUUGUACCCAUGAUCUUUCCUUCCAUAUUAAUGAAUUAUUCCUGCCAGAAAUCUAGCAUUUUAUCCUUUUUUAAUCUCUGAAAUAAACGUAAUUUCAAUAAAUAAAUCUUGAAGUAUUGUUCUUUAGAAGCAGAACCAAGUUAGUAAAAACUUAGGAUUGUUUUGUAAUUUGGACGGAAUAAUUGGUUGUUUUUGUUCUUGGCUCAACCGGAACAAAGUGGCAUCCAGGUUGUCUUUUAGAACAUUGUCUGGAAGGGUGGCAAGAAUUCAGAGGUCUGUUGGACUUCAACAAGCUUCCGUUAUUUUCUCUAAUUGUUCCAUGUGAAAUUUGAGAUUUGAUGAAGUUUCUUUGUUUCAGUCACCUGGAAGGUAUCAU